GGGCACAGACAGAGCUGCUGCCUCUGCAAUGUCAGCAGCCGCACCGGCGGCGGCGGCGGCAGCAGCAGUAGCUGCAGCAGCAGCAGCGGCAGCGUCUCAGUAGAAGCAGGGGAGAUCCCAGCCAGAACCGAGGAGUCCGCACACACGCAGCUAGGCUCUCCGGAGGAACGCAGCAGCCCCCGGGGCAGAGAUUAGCCACCCUAACUGCCCAUCUCCUCCUUUCAUCCAGGAGACAACGUGAGCUCCAGAGUCUGGCUGUGUCGGAGGACACCCCGCAGAACGAGGCACGACUUUUCAGGGGGGAGAGAGAACAACCCCGGAAUUUCCCCCCUCUCCCCCACCCAACCCCCCACCAGAGCAGCGCUUACCCGCAGUCUCUCUCCAGUCCUCCAGCUCGCUCACUCUCGAGACCUGCUCUCUCGGAAACCCGUGAAGAGCCCGAGGAUCGCACAACAAAGAAGGGUCAGGAAUUAGAAACCGGGAAACCUGCUCAUAGCCGCCGCAGAGACUAGGAGAUAGCAAGACCAUCUCUGUCCGCCCCUCGCCCCCGCCCCCGCUGAGCAACACUCUCCCCCAACCCCCUUUUCACCCCUCGCCCCCAUCUUCCUUCCUGCCUAGGCUGCUCAGCUAUUGAUCAACCUCUGAGUGCCCCGAGAGGAAAGGAGACUCCUCGCUUGCAGUACAGCAGCCCCCUCUAUCUCUCCCUUAGAAGGGGGAAAGAAAUAGAAGGGAGGAGAGAAGAGGGAUAAUCAUAUGACCGUGGUAAUAAAUAACCCGAAGAGAGCCUGUCCUGCUAGCUCAGAUGCUGCAAUGCUGCCAGCUCUGAGUGUGGGGAGAGGCAGCCUCUGAGGGAGCCGUCACAGCCGGCCCCCAUCUCCUGCGCAGCCCCAGGAGCCCCCGCUCCAGCUUUCUUCCCCCCGGCGCCCGAGCCCAGCAGCGCGAGCGGCUUUCCUGACCCGUUGGCGGAGAGCAGAGGGAAAAGAAGCAAGUUGUCCUAUAGCGGUGGCGGCUGCGGCCAAGGCAGCCAGACGUCCAGCUCCUCGUCGUCCGCCUGUCCUCCAGUCCCGCGUCCCCGCCCCUCCGCGCCGCGCCGCGUGUGCGCCUCCCUUCACCUCAUCCUCCACUGCUCCACUGGGUUAGCGCCGAGACCGCUGCAGGAGCUGCUCGCUCUAGGUCGGCAGUCGGGGAAGAAGUCAAGUCAAUCGCCUGGGUCUAGAAAGAGAGGGGGUGCUUUUCUCCCGGCUCGCUCGAGCCACGGAAGAAGAAGAUUAAAAUGGCCACUCUGCUCCGGAAAAUCGGGCUCAUCCGGCUGCACAACCGGGACACGGAGGACCCCAAACAUCACCACAACCAUCUCCACAGCAGCAGCCAGCACGGCCGCGGCGGCGGCGGCGGCUCCUCGCUAAGGGGCAAAGGCAACCAGAAGAACCACAGCAACAAGCAGCAGCAGCAGAAUGCUCCAGGAGGAGGGGGAGGCUGCAGCGGCGGCGGCGGCGAAGGCAGCCCCGGACACUCCAAGAACAAGCGAGCGCUGGAGCUGGCCAACAAGGACAAGCAGCAACAGCAGCAGCAGCAACAGCAGCAGCAGCAGCAGUCCACCUCCGGGAGCCACAAGGAGAAGCAGGGGAGCGCUAGGGAGAACCAGUCCACUAAGGAAUCCAAGCAGCAGGGCGGGGGCGGCGGCCGCAGCGGCGGCGGCGGAGGCGGGAAGGGCUCCUCGCAGGUGGCCCAGACCCCGGCAGCCGGCAGCCUGGCGCCGAUGGGGCGGGGGCAGCCAGGUACCCAGGUGAGGAGCAGGCGGCUGAUGAAGGAGCUGCAGGACAUCUCCCGGCUGAGCGACCGCUUCAUCUCGGUAGAGCUGGUGGACGAGAGCCUCUACGACUGGAACGUGAAGCUGCACCAGGUGGACAAGGACUCGGUGUUGUGGCAGGACAUGAAAGAGACCAACACCGAGUUCAUCCUGCUCAACCUCACCUUCCCUGACAACUUCCCCUUCUCGCCGCCCUUCAUGCGGGUGCUCAGCCCCCGUCUGGAGAACGGCUAUGUGCUGGACGGGGGAGCCAUCUGCAUGGAGUUGCUCACCCCCCGGGGCUGGUCCAGCGCCUACACAGUCGAAGCUGUCAUGAGGCAGUUCGCUGCCAGCCUGGUGAAGGGCCAGGGCCGAAUCUGUAGAAAAGCUGGCAAAUCAAAAAAAUCCUUCAGUCGCAAGGAAGCGGAAGCAACGUUUAAGAGUUUGGUGAAGACUCACGAAAAGUAUGGUUGGGUCACCCCUCCGGUCUCUGAUGGCUGAUAUUUGCAACCCUUGCAUUAGACGCUUAAAAAACAAAACACACAAAUACUAUGACAUCUCCUCCUCAGUGCUGUACAUCCACUCAUCCUUUUCUACGUCAGCUUCUGUUAGAUACUGUACCAUGAAUGUCAAGGAGACAUUUAAGUUAUUUAUGAACAGAUUGUUUACAGAAAGAGAAAGAGGGAGGGAGAGAGUUGGGUAGAAAAAAUACUGUUUAGGAUUAUGUUUCAAUAAUAAAUGGUCAUCUUGAAGUCACUUUAGAGCGAAUGUUGAGACGCUGUCAUUUCCCUUCAUUCACCUUCUCCACCCCCUACCCCCAUACAGUUCAUGUUGUCUUCACCUUCUUGCCAUGACAGCUGCACCAAAGAGUAGAGAUGGAAAAUCUGUCCAUUUCUGCUCAGUCCAUUUCAAUGUAAAUGAAGCUGUUCAUCUUUAAUAGGGAAGCAGUGCAUCGCAGAUACAUGUUUGCUGUGCUGUUUAACUUCAUUUCGUUUUCUAGCAAAUCAAUGUAACUUGAAGAUUUGUCUUUAUGUGGAGCUAUGGUCUGCUGUGACUAAAUUUAGACCUCAUUUGUGAUCUCUCUGAUCUUUUGCCUCAUAGGAAAAAAAAAUUCUGACGUUGCCAGGUUCUUAUGGUACAAGUUCAUUGCCCACUUGGUCAAAAUGUACUCUAUGCUGAUUUUGUGGUAUGCUUUUAUUCACAGACAAAACGAGAAAAGACUGGUGAGAUUUUCAAUAAAAAGAGCAACCCUACUCCAGGACGGGAUUCAAAGUAAUUAAUUGAUAGUGGAAUAAGAAUAGGGUUUUUUUCUUUUACUUGUGUAAUGCAGUGUUGCUAUGAUAGCACAUUUGUUUGUUUGCCUGUCAGCUUUCAAGUGGCAAACCAUACACAAAAAAGUAUGUCAAUUUAUGUUCACAAAAGUUAAUAUGACAUUUUAAAUAUGUGCCAGUGGAUGUGAAAGUCAGAACUUCAAAAAAAAGUAAAAUAAGUGAAUUGUAAGAUGAUUUGCAUGGCUGGAUUUUUUUUAACCGAAUAGUCAUUGUAUGUACUUUGAUCCCAAUAUGUGAGAGAACCCACUGCUGUAUAUAAAUGUCCUGUUAUUUAAUCUUUGGGAUUUCAUUUUUCUCUUCUGUUAAUGACUUAGAACUUUCUUUUAAAAAAAAUCCAAGAAAGCAAGAAAUAAUGUUUAUAUUGAUCUGUGAAAAGAGGUUAAAAAUGGUAAUUCCAAAUGGAAAAUAUUAUUGGACACAUUUUAAAUAAAAUCACCCAUACCUGUUACACUGUUUCAAGAAUUCAAUCAUUUGUGGAUACUCUUCCAUUUAAAAUAUUUACCCUAUCAGCAUUUUUAUUCCUAAUACCAGAAAUACUUAUUGAUUAUAACAGGUAGUCCUAUCAAAAAGACAUUGUUGAAAUGAUCCCAGCCUAUGCAUUUAAGCCAGUGCUUCUGAUCAAAUUCUCUAAAAAAUUGCCCAUUGCAUUUUUAUUAUGGGUUGGAAGGUUGGGGGUAGGGAAUCCUUUUUAGUAAUUAUUUAUGAUGCUUCAGGCAUGUUUGGCUGGUGAGGAGCUCAUUUAUGCAGUCUAAGAAUUUUGAAGUUCAUAGAGAUAGUGCUGCAAAGAACAGAUGGUUAUGAGCUACCCAGUGUGGCUUGGUGACAAACAAAAUUCAGUCUUUGCAUUCAGGUGGUCACAUGUUAGCUACUGCUGUUUUUGCUUUUUAAAAGCUCAAAAUUUUCUCAUUAAAAGUAAAUUCACCAUCUUAUUUCAUCAAGCCAAAAGUGACUAUCUUGAGUGUUGUCAAAAGUAUUAACUAUUCUACUUCCACUAGGGAGAGAGGAAAUUUGCCCUGUUCAGUUUUUUGUUCAAAAGCACUUGCUUCUUGUAAGAUAGGUACGAAAGUAUAUUGUAAUGAAUUUAAAGGAAGUCACAUUUGAUCCUCUGGAGUGGAAUUCUCUGUUUGGAAAGUGCAAUUUAGGGGGUGGCAUUUGAGUUGUUAGAAAAUGAAGACUAGUUCAUCAUGAUGGAAUUACUUUAUAUUAGAUUUUUGUUUUAAAGAAUCUGUAAGAUAUAAAUAAGUUUGCCAAGAACUUUUUACUAUAGAUUUGUGGUUUCACUAGUAUAAAGAGCUCCCAAAGAGGAAAAUCCCUCUACCAAUCCAGAUUGACAACUAUCUUGUAACCUAUAGUCUUAGAGAGUUGCCUG